GAGAGGACUCUGCGGGCGAAGUGGCUGCGCAAGGAGAGAACUUUUCCUGCACCAGGAACGCGUCGUGGGGAGACCCAAGGCAGGAGCGGUCCGGAGCCGGCUGCGGCGUGUGCGGCCGGCCUUGAGACAGCGAUCGCGCGGGUGGCAACAGAGAGCCCCAAGCAAAAGUGGGAGCAGGAGCUUGGGGGUGAGCACAGGAAGCCCCACUUGAGGCUUUUACGCAGCCUCGAGUCUCUAUUUCUUCUGGAAUAGGCAAGUGUCCUUUCAACUCUAAGAGACCAGCGGAGGCCACUGUCCCUUAAGACUGCCGGAGUCCUCACCACUUCUCCAGGAUUCCAGAGGAGACUGUGGCCAUGGUGAACGAAGGUCCCAACCAGGAAGAGCGCGAUGACACCCCUGCACCGGAGUCCGCACUCCAAGCGGACCCCAGCGUCUCGGUCCAUCCCAGCGUCUCGGUCCAUCCCAGCGUCUCGGUCCAUCCCAGCGUCUCCAUCAACCCCAGCGUCUCUGUCCACCCCAGCAGUUCGGCCCACCCCAGUGCCUUAGCCCAACCCAGUGGCUUGGCUCACCCCAGCAGCUCGGGCCCCGAGGACCUCAGCGUGAUCAAGGUGAGCAGGCGCCGUUGGGCCGUGGUCCUGGUGUUUAGCUGCUACUCCAUGUGCAACGCCUUUCAGUGGAUCCAGUACGGCUCCAUCAAUAACAUCUUCAUGCACUUCUACGGUGUCAGUGCCUUUGCCAUUGACUGGCUGUCCAUGUGCUACAUGCUGACCUACAUCCCUCUGCUCCUGCCGGUGGCCUGGCUGCUGGAGAAGUUCGGCCUGCGCACCAUUGCCCUCACCGGCUCGGCUCUCAACUGCCUGGGGGCCUGGGUGAAGCUGGGCAGCCUGAAGCCGCAUCUCUUUCCGGUCACCGUGGUGGGCCAGCUCAUUUGCUCUGUGGCCCAGGUUUUCAUCCUGGGCAUGCCCUCCCGCAUCGCUUCCGUCUGGUUCGGGGCUAAUGAGGUUUCCACAGCCUGCUCGGUGGCUGUCUUUGGCAAUCAGCUUGGAAUUGCGAUUGGGUUCUUGGUCCCUCCUGUUUUGGUACCCAACAUUGAAGACCGGGACAAGCUUGCCUACCACAUCAGCAUCAUGUUCUAUAUAAUAGGAGGUGUGGCCACUCUCCUCCUCAUCCUUGUCAUCAUUGUGUUCAAGGAGAAACCUAAAUAUCCCCCCAGCAGGGCCCAAUCCCUGAGCUAUGCCUUGACCUCUCCUGAUGCCUCGUACUUAGGUUCCAUCGCCCGGCUCUUCAAAAAUCUCAACUUUGUGCUGCUUGUCAUCACCUAUGGUCUGAAUGCUGGUGCUUUUUAUGCCUUGUCCACUCUGCUGAAUCGCAUGGUGAUCUGGCACUACCCGGGGGAAGAAGUGAAUGCUGGAAGAAUUGGCCUGACGAUCGUCAUUGCAGGAAUGCUUGGGGCUGUGAUCUCAGGAAUCUGGCUGGAUAGGUCCAAAACCUACAAAGAGACGACCAUGGUAGUCUAUAUCAUGACACUGGUGGGCAUGGUGGUGUACACAUUUACCUUGAACCUGGGACACCUGUGGGUAGUGUUCAUCACUGCUGGCACAAUGGGCUUCUUUAUGACUGGCUAUCUCCCACUGGGAUAUGAGUUUGCUGUGGAGCUCACGUACCCAGAAUCAGAAGGCAUCUCCUCCGGCCUCCUCAACAUAUCUGCACAGGUAUUUGGGAUCAUCUUUACCAUCUCCCAGGGCCAGAUUAUUGACAACUAUGGAACCAAGCCUGGGAACAUCUUCCUGUGUGUGUUCCUUACUCUUGGAGCAGCCCUCACUGCAUUCAUUAAGGCAGAUCUCCGGAGACAGAAAGCAAACAAAGAAACUCCUGAGAAUAAACUCCAAGAGGAAGAGGAGGAGAGCAACACCAGCAAAGUGCCCACUGCUGUGUCAGAGGAUCAUCUCUGAGAGGAAAGUGGUGACAACUCAGGGAACGUGAACACCCCACCUUUUCCUUCAGCACGGCUCUCACCGCCAGCACAAAGGGCUUCGCUAGAGAUGUUUUUGGAGGGAACCAGCGGGACUAUUUGUGGCGUGGAUGGCCCAUUCCUCCUAGAACCCACGUAAGAGCUUGGAUGAUUUAGUUGGAGAAAAUUGCACCUAUCACCAAAUGCAAAUUUGAUUCCCACCUCCACCCCCUUUUAGGUUAUGGGAGUUGGUGUUGGGACAGGGUGGCGGAGAAUAUUGGAGCCAAUCCUAGCUUGGUCUCUUGCCUUCCCUCUUUUCCUCCAUCCAUCAUGGACAAUGCCUGCAAAAUUUUCACAGGAAGAAAGCUUAUUCAGGAUAUUAACUUGAAAUUUCCAGUGUCCUAAGAGCCUCUCAUGAAGCCCAAUUCUAAGAAGGGCAAGCUGCUCUGCCGGGGUCACCUCCUGGGUCAUCGGUCUGAUUGCUCAAGUUCUGCGGGAGAGGAAGCACCACUAGAACCACUCCAUCGGAACAGCUCCACUGGGACUUGUGGGCCUAAAUUGUCCUGGCCUAACGGGUCUGUCUCCAAACCCCCUUUCCUAAGAGCUGAGCAAACCAACCAUCAAUAAACUUGACAAAAGAC